GGCGGAAAUCGGCCAAGUUCAAAUUCCAGCCGUGAAUUCCAAGCGGGAAUGAGCCGGGAAGAGCGGCCGGGAUGGGCCGGACCUGCCGCGAUUCCCAUUUUUAUUAUUUCGGCAUCAAAUUCGCGCUCUCCGCCUACUCCACGCUCUUCUCGAUCCUGGGGCUGCUGAUCCUGAGCGUGGGGAUCUACGCCGAGGUGGAGCGGCAGCGGCACAAGAGCCUGGAAGGGAUUUUCCUGGCUCCGGCCGUGCUGCUGCUCCUGCUGGGAAUCACCGUGUUCCUGGUGUCCUUCCUGGGAAUGCUCGGGAGCCUCCGCGACAACCGCACCCUGCUGAGGAUGUUCUUCUGGGUGCUCCUGCUGAUCUUCCUGACGGAGCUGCUGCUGAUCCUCAUGGAAAUCAUCUUCGAGAACAAGAUGAACGAGGUUUUCCACUCCAACAUCCAGGAGGGAAUCCGCCACUACUACGACGACCUGGACUUCAAAAAUAUCCUGGAUUUUGUGCAGGAAAAGUUUUCCUGCUGCGGAGGGGAGGAAUUCCGGGAUUGGGAAGUGAACCGGUACCACUGGUGCAACGGCAGCGGCGCCCUGGCCUGCGGGGUGCCGCAUUCCUGCUGCGUCCGCGCGGCUCCCGGAGGAGUGGUGAACACCCUGUGCGGGUACCGCGCCCUGGACAAGGAGCGCCUGGAGCUGCUCGGCACCAUCCACGUCCGGGGCUGCAUCCACGCCGUGGGGCUCUGGCUCAAGGACAACUUCCAGGCCACCCUGGCCAUCGUCUGCUCCCUGCUGCUGCCUCAGGUGCUGGGCCUGGCCAUGUCCUGGCUCCACUGGCAGCAGCUCAACGAGAUCCGCUCCCGCCUGGAUUCCGUGGAUUUCCCGGGAUCCCCGCGGGAUCUCCGCUCGGCCCCCCUGGAUCUCCGCGGCGCCGGCUGCUGCUGGUGCCUGCCCAGGGAGGGCGGAUACAUCCCGGUAAAUCCCGGGAAUGCCCGGGAGGAGGAGGAGGAGGAGGAGGAAGGAGCCGCCUGGGCCAGCAAAGUGUGAGGAGGACACGGACUCGGAGAUCGGAGCGGAACGUGGAAAAAAAAUUGGGAUUUUUUCC